CCAUGUCAGGACUGACGUCAAAGCUCUUCCUGCUUGGUUUCCAGUGCAAUGGCGGCGACGCGUCUGUUUCUGAGAGCUUCACCCGUUAAGUCCUCGUUAACCGGGUUAACCGGAGGCGUGCGAGGCAGUUUGGGGCUAACUCUGCUGAAACUGUGCCCUGACUGCACAGCCCAGCCGACAGCGCCGAGGAGACAUGCAGCGCACUUCACCUUUCACCCUGACCCUGUUCCCACUCAGUACGGCCCCACACAGAAGAUGAAUUUAUUCCAGGCUGUGACCAGUGCCCUGGACAACACGCUGGCCGGUGACCCCACCGCAGUGAUCUUUGGUGAGGAUGUGGCGUUCGGUGGGGUGUUUCGAUGCACAGUCGGCCUCAGAGAUAAAUACGGUAAGGACCGUGUGUUUAACACCCCGCUGUGUGAGCAAGGCAUCGUGGGUUUCGGGAUCGGCGCAGCUGCAGCGGGAGCCACCGCUAUCGCAGAGAUUCAGUUUGCUGACUACAUUUACCCAGCGUUUGAUCAGAUCGUAAACGAAGCCGCCAAGUACCGCUACCGUUCGGGGAACAUGUUUGACUGCGGGAGGCUGACGGUCAGAUCUCCGUGGGGCUGCGUGGGGCACGGCUCCAUCUAUCACUCCCAGAGUCCCGAGGCCUUCUUCGCACACUGUCCUGGGAUUAAGAUUGUUGUGCCGAGAGGUCCGGUCCAGGCCAAGGGUCUGCUUCUGUCCUGCAUCGCUGAUCAAAACCCCUGCAUCUUCUUUGAGCCCAAAAUCCUGUACAGAGCAGCAGUGGAGCAGGUGCCCACAGAAGCCUAUCAGGUCCCUCUCUCGCAGGCCGAUGUGCUGCAGGAGGGCAGUGACCUCACGCUGGUGGCCUGGGGAACACAGGUGCAUGUGAUGAGGGAAGUGGCUGCCAUGGCACAGGAGAAGCUGGGAGUCUCCUGCGAGCUCAUCGACCUACAGACCAUUCUGCCUUGGGACACAGAGACCGUUUGCAAGUCGGUGGUGAAGACAGGACGGCUGCUCAUCAGUCAUGAGGCUCCGGUGACCGGAGGAUUCGCAGCUGAGAUCAGCUCUACGGUUCAGGAGGAGUGUUUCCUCAACUUGGAGGCUCCCAUCAGCAGGGUUUGUGGGUAUGAUACGCCCUUCCCUCACAUCUUUGAGCCUUUCUACAUCCCUGACAAGUGGAAGUGCUUUGAGGCUGUGAAGCGUAUGAUCAACUACUAAACCACAGGUGACACAGAUCAAGAACUCGUCCUCCUCUAGUGAAUCAGUGAA